AUGCAGGAUGCCCAAUUGACCCCAGAGAAGAGCAGCAAGAGCGACGAUGGCUCUUCACGAGAGUUCGAGGCGACAAGGCCAGUUAUCGCAACUUGGCGGUUGACCAUCAUCCUCCUAUGCAUCGCCGCCGGUCUGUUUCUAUCACUGAUGGACACGACAAUCGUCUCUACGAUGCUCUAUACCAUCUCGGCUGAAUUUGGCGGGUUCCGAAUGUCGUCUUGGAUUGUCCUCGCCUACACGCUGUCUUAUGUCGGUAAGGAUAUCUUCUCCUCCACAACGGCAGAAAAACUUAUUGGUUUCGUUCCCGCUUGUCCAGGCUGCGCCGUAUUUAUCGCCCGGAUUGCCGAUGUGAUUGGCAGGAAAUUUGCCCUUUUUGCCUGCUUUAUUUUCUUCCUUGCCGCAUCAAUGGCAUGCGCAGCAUCCACGAACCUCAACCAACUGAUCGGCUUCCGAGCCGCCCAGGGUGUUGGUGGAUCUGGACUGUAUGCCAUGGCGAUGAUAAUCUAUCCAGAAAUCAGUCCACCAGCGCUACUGCCCGCCAUCUCAGCGAUUGUCGGCGUCAUCGUGGCGCUGGCGGGUAUCAGUGGACCGCUUAUAGGUGGGCUUUUGACCACCUACGCAUCCUGGCGAUGGGCAUUCUGGAUUAAUGGCCCUUGUGCCUUGGUGCCGGCGGUUGCCCUCUUCUUUGUCUGGCCAAGCGAUUUCCACGCCGCGAAGAAUGCCCGUUUUAAGCAGCUCGACUAUGUCGGUACUCUGCUUAUCAUGCUCGGCUGUAUACUGUUUGUGUUCAUUCUCAACCAGGCGGCCAGCCGCGUCUAUGCGUGGAAGAGUGCUCCCGUCAUCUUGAUCAUUAUUAUUUCUGGUCUUGCAUGGAUAGCAUUGGUGUGCUGGGAGUGGAUCGUGUCCUGGCAUCCCAAGCUCCGCCACCUUCGGCCUCAGCUGCCCUUCCGACUACUGGCGGAUAGGGUCAUGUUAGCGGGAUUCUUGAGCACCCUGCUGACCGGGUUCGUCAUGCUGCUCGUUAUCAUCAACAUCCCGCUCCGCGCGCAACUCGUCAACCUUAAGGACGCAAUCGGGUCCGGGGUUGUGCUUUUGCCUCUAAUGGGAAGCACUGCAGUUGGCUCAGCGUUGGGGGGCGCCGCUUCCGCCAAAAAGAACAAUACGUUCUGGACGUUGAACCUGGCGAGCAUUUUCAUGCUCGUCGGUAGUGCCCUUUUGUCCACGCUUCCCGACACCGUGGACCCGGUCCCGAAGCAAUAUGGAUUCGAGGCAAUCCUUGGCUUCGGUUUGGGCCUGAGUCUAUCUACGAUGACCUUCCUCACGUCCAUGCAAGUGGAGUUUGAAGACCACGCCGUUGCGCAGGGAGUCGUUGCACAGCUGCGGAUCUUCGGCGGUAGCAUUGGCAUCGCGUCUAGUUUCAUCGUUUUCAACCAAAAGAUUCAGGAAGCGCUCACCGGUGUGCUGACCCCUGCGCAGCUGGAUGACUUUUACCGAUCGCCAACCGCUAUCCUCAGUUUCCCUGUGAUGGAUCAGUUGCUUGUUAGGCAGACGUAUAUCGACGUUUUCAACAUCGACAUGCGGAUCUGUGCUGGGAUCUCGGCCGUGUGUCUAGUCACUACUUUGUUCACCUUCCAAUGUCGCCCGCAGUCGAUGAAGGAGCGGCUUGCAGACUUGGAAGAGGCCUAUGCACGCACCGAGGCCGCAACGGCAGCGGCUGCAGAUGAGAGGUAA